CUUCCAUUCACUCCGAUGAGGACCCCUAAGUAGCUGCCCGUGUGGAUGCCUGUCUGUAAUGGCGCUUGAAGUAGCCUGGUGUGUUCGCCAGAUGGCGCCUAUUAUCUAAGAAGAGACGCUCCAGAGGCUCAAACACUUACCAGAGCUGCUUAAGGUCGGACGUCGCUAAAAGCCCGCACAUCUUCCCGCAUCGUGUCCCACAGUGUUCGACCUGCCGCACUGACAGGGAUGGAUGCAUGCGCGCCUGUGUCGCGCGCUACUGGUGGGCUGCGCGCCGUCACGCGCUGAAGGUGCCACGAAAUGAAGAAAACUCAGAGGGGAGACCGCUGUUUAUAAGAGCGCGUAUGGGAACAUAGGAGGACCUGGAUUAAUAGCUCACUCCGCUCAAAAUGGCCAGAAACACAUCUCUGUAUUUCAGAAUUGUCGAGGGCAGGAACCUCCCCGCCAAAGACGUCUCCGGAACCAGCGAUCCAUACUGCAUUGUUAAGGUCGACAAUGAAGUUGUGGCCAGGACCGCCACUGUAUGGAAGAACCUGAAUCCUUUCUGGGGUGAAGAGUACACCCUGCACCUCCCCAUGGGGUUCCACUCACUGUCCUUUCACGUCAUGGACGAGGACACGAUUGGCCACGAUGAUGUUAUUGGAAAGAUAACUCUGAGUAAAGACGCCAUUGGAUCUCAAGCUAAAGCCAACUCAGCAAGGUUAGACAGCUGGGUGAACCUGACGAGGGUCGACCCUGAUGACGAAGUCCAGGGAGAGAUCCACCUGAGUCUGGAGCUGCUGAAAGAUGCAGAGAAGAUCAGCCUGCGGUGUAAAGUCAUUGAAGCCAGAGACUUGGCUCCGAGAGACAUUUCUGGAACCUCUGAUCCAUUUGGAAGAGUUAUUUUCAACAACCACAGUGCAGAGACCUCGAUUAUCAAGAAGACCCGUUUCCCUCACUGGGGAGAGACCCUGGAGCUGGAGCUGGACCCAGCGGAGCUGAGCGAGGAGGGUAGUGUGACCGUGGAAGUCUGGGACUGGGACAUGGUGGGCAAGAAUGACUUUCUUGGAAAGGUGGAAAUCCCUUUUGCUUGUUUGCACAAGACACCUCUGUUAGAGGGCUGGUUUCGUUUGCUGCCCUUGGGAAACAAUGAGGUUGACGCUGGUGGCAAGCUGGGGGCUCUGCGACUGAAGGUGCGUUUGGUGGAGGAUCGGAUCUUGCCGUCAGUGUACUAUCAGCCCCUCAUUCACCUUCUGGUGGAGUCUGUCAUCUCCCCCACAGAGGUGGAGGACAGCAGUGCGCUGACCAUGCUGGAGGAGGUGACCACGGUCGAGAGCCGGCAGGAUGUAGCCAUGACCCUGGUGAAGAUCUAUCUGGGCCAGGGCUUGGUGGUGCCAUUCCUGGAUUAUCUUAACACCCGGGAGGUCAACCACACCACUGAUCCAAACACUUUGUUUCGCUCCAACUCCCUUUCCUCCAAGGCCAUGGAACAGUUCAUGAAGGCUGUUGGCAUGCUGUAUUUGCAUGAGGUGCUGAAGCCCAUCAUCAACCGCAUCUUUGAUGAGAAGAAGUACAUCGAGCUGGACCCAUGUAAGAUCGACCUGAACCGCACGAGACGGAUUUCAUUUAAGGGUGCCGUGUCAGAGCAAGAGGUGCGGGACAGUAGUGUGGAGAUGCUGCAGAGCUACUUGACCAGCAUCAUUGAAUCAAUCGUGGGCUCCGUCGAUCAGUGUCCUCCUGUCAUGAGAGUGGCCUUCAAGCAGCUACACAAGAGAGUGGAGGAGCAAUUUGCUGAACCUGAGAAUGAGGAUGUGAAGUAUCUGGCCAUCAGUGGCUUCUUCUUCCUGCGUUUUUUUGCUCCUGCUAUCCUCACACCGAAAUUGUUCCAGCUGAGGGAUCAGCAUGCUGAUACGCGUACGAGCAGAACUCUGCUGCUACUGGCCAAGGCUUUACAGAGUGUCGGGAACCUGGGCCUUCAACUGGGUCACGGGAAGGAGCAGUGGAUGGCGCCUCUUCAUCCCAUCAUCCUCCGCAGUGUGGCCUCCGUCAAAGACUUCCUGGAUAAGCUGAUCGACAUAGAUCACGACAUUGUGUCGGAGGUGCCACAGAGGGCUGUCUUCAUGCCCUCAGUCACCGUUAAAGAGGGGCUCCUCCACAAAUACAAGGCAGAGGGACCCCAGCUGCUCUCCCGCUUCGCCUUCAAGAAACGCUACUUCUGGUUGACGAGCGAGACGCUGUCCUACGCCAAAACACCUGACUGGCAGGUGCGCUCCUCGAUCCCCAUUCAGUGUGUGUGCGCCGUGGAGAGGGUGGAUGAAAAUGCCUUUCAGCAGCAGAAUGUAAUGCAGGUCAUCACCCAGGACAACGACGGGCAGCUGCACACCAUGUACAUCCAGUGCAAGAAUGUGAAUGAGUUGAACCAGUGGCUGUCUGCGAUCAGGAAAGCCAGCAUCUGCAAUGAGCGCAUGCUGCCCUCUUUCCACCCGGGGGCUCAUCGCAGUGGCAAGUGGACCUGCUGCCUGCAGGCGGACCGUGCUGUUACAGGCUGCAGUAGAACCCACUCAGCUGUGACUCUGGGAGACUGGAGUGACCCACUGGAUCCUGACGUAGAGACGCAGACCAUAUACAAGCAGCUUCUCCAGGGCAGAGACAAACUCAGGAAAAAACACCUGGAGGUACCUGACGGUGAUCAGACAUCCAGCAAUAAAGACAACUCUGACAUUCUCCCAGGUGGUGCAGAGUGCAACGUUCAGCUAAUGAAGUCAGGUCAGAGCGUUGCAGCUCGGCUGUUGUCGGUGAUAGAGGAUCUGGAGCAGACUCACGCCACUUUCCAGCGCAGAGAAAAAGAGGACGGCACCAGUGUCAUCCUGAAUCCCUAGACUCGACACAGACUGGAGCCCCAGUAGAAGAGGGGGGUGGGGCCCAGCAUCCUGAACAGACAUGAGCAAAGCAUCAGAAAUCCACUUUGUUGACUGUCAGGGAGAAUUAAAGUGGCCACAGGAUGCCACCUCCUCCAGCCUUUAGGUAUAUUUGCUCCUGUAAAGAGCAGAGGGAAUCCUGCCACUUUGAAUAUUUUUGUAUUCUCCAAGUGCCACCGGCUUCAACAGCGCCGGCUGGGGAGAGAUUAUGAUACUUGAUGAUAAAGAGGGCCGAGGGACUUUGAAGCAUGAUCUGACUCGAUAUUUUUUAUGUAGAUAACAAGCAAUCCCUUGCAUGGCCUGCCUGCAUCCACUUGUUGUGAAAUGUGAAAAGAAGCUUUUAUAUUUUGAGAUACUGUACAGGACCUCGGUCACACAUUUUUAUGCAAAAAAGCUUGUUGUAGUGUAAUCUACAGUACCUGAAUGUAAGGUGUUUUGAUAUUUUGCUUUUAUCAACGUUUAGUUUUUCUAUUGGGUCAAUUUAUCACCAUGGUUGAAAAUGUAGCAGUGACAUUAACAGUAUAGGUCAAACCACCAUGAGUUUAUGAAAUGCUGCUGCACAUGCCACAUUAUGACGCUGCCUGUACAGUAAGCAAAAUUAAUAUGAUUUUAAUCGUUGCUUUGGUCCCUUUAUACAAACCAAUGUGCUUUUGUUUGGUGCUAUGGCCAGUCAACUUAAACGUUUGGUUCUGAUGUAAUUUGCAUACUAAAAUGUCCUUACUUACUUAAUGUAGCUAUUUCUAAAGUCGUAAGGGUAAUACUUACCCUUCCAUACAUAUAAAAGAUCAGUCUUUAAUAUAACAGAGGCAAUAGAAGUUACAAUGAUGUGAGAUGUUCCUAUUUGAUACAUUUCCAUUUUGUUAAGAUUUUGGUGCCACUAUAUUGGGCUCGCAGGUGUCAAGAUAUGUUUGAGAUGCCAAAUUUGUUUUUAAAAAUGUUUAAAAUUUUAAUAUUUAAACACUUGAAUCACACAAGGACACACAAACUGUACGCAGACAUGCUGUAAAGCCAUUUUUCCGGUCAUGAUCGGUGCCUUUUUCCCGUAAACGGAGAAGGUCAGUGAUUGUAAUGGAGAUCAGAUCUGUGAUCUCUCACAUCGCCUCUGCAGGCCGCCCUGCCUGAGGAGCUGUUUAGAUUAUAUCCUGGUGCAGCUACUGUAGAGUCUGUCUUUCUUUUAGAGGAACAACUGUGGACUAGCUAUGUGUGGGAUCAACAUUUCUACUGCCUUAGAUGUAACACUGUUGUACACAUUCCAGACAUGACAAUCAGUAGGCUACGUUCAUACAGCGUUUUUGAUGUUUGCUGCACUACAACAUUUGUUUAAGUGAUUUGCCACUUCAGGUCGAUCACGCAAUCUUUAAAACUAGAGUAAACACCAGAUGUUGCUUGUGAAUCUUGGUAUUCCCUGAAAGAGGGCUUUUAUUUUGAAAAAGAAAGAAGGGAAAACACUACUGCCUGUACUUUAUUUUGCAAACCCACCAUGAUGGUUUGUUCCAAGUGGAUUGUUACUGUGAACUAAACAACUGUACUGUUCAGUAAACUCUUACAGCUUA